CUAUGGCUAUUUGCAAAAAUACUGACAUCUCUAUUAUGGUUUGGCACCACGUGUGUGGUCAAAAGUGAAGGAGUUAAGAAUACAGAAAAGUAUCAGCAGAUUUUGCUCAACAACACAAAGCUAUUUGAAAAGUGUCUGGUUAACAACAAAUUCAUUUUUGAGUACAACAAUAAUCCCAAACACAUUGCAGUAAAAAACUCACCAAGGAAAACUGUCAGUCAUCAAUUUGCGCCGUUAUCGUUAUCGUUAUCGCCGGAAAUGAAAAAAACAAACCAUAUUGUGAUAUGAAAAAAAUCUAUCACCCAGCUCUAAUAUGUACACUUUAUAGGUUUUAUUAUUCCAUUAGUGCAUUUCACUGUUUUAGUUCUUUGUCAUCUUUGUCAUAGGCAAAAGAAGGGGAAGCGUGCUGAAACCUCUCCAAAUUUUUGACCAACCAAUGCCAGCAAGUAAAGAUGAACGAGUUGUAAUCCCUGUGGACAAGACUUUCAUCACUAUGAAGAAGGCCAGAAGACGCCAGCGCAUUGACAGUGGAGACAGAAGCUUCAUGUGUGAUCAGUGUGGAAAGGCUUUUACUCGUAAUAGCAGCUUAAAACAACAUAAGCUCAUCCACACUGGCAUUAAACCAUUCAGCUGUGAUCAAUGUGGAAGACAUUUCAAUCACAAUGGCAGCUUAAAACAACAUCAACUCAUCCACACUGGAGUUAAACCAUUCACCUGUGAUCAAUGUGGAAGGUGUUUCAAUCAAAAAGGCAGCUUAAAACAACAUCAGCUCAUCCACAUUAGAGUUAAACCAUUCAGCUGUGAUCAGUGUGGAAAGUGUUUCAAUUAUGUUAGCAGCUUAAAAAAGCAUCGCCUUGUCCACACUGGAUUAAAAGCAUUUAGUUGUGAUCAGUGUGGAAAGUGUUUCAAUCACAAUGGCAGCUUAAAAAGACAUCAGCUCGUCCACACUGGCAUUAAACCAUUUAGCUGUGAUCAGUGUGGACAGGCUUUCACACAUAAUAGCAAGUUAAAAAAACACCAGCUUAUCCACACUGGAUUAAAACCAUUCAGCUGUGAUGUGUGGAAAGACUUUCACUGA